AUGAUUUCAAAUUUAAAUACCAAAAUUACACAGAAAGAUUUUCAAUAUUCCCUGAUUGGUGGUAAUGCUGAUAUCAUCAAUGAAUGUUUUAAGAAUCAUUCAAUCGAUGAAAUAUGCAUGGAAUACAUUAUUGAAUCGCAUAACAACACAUAUCUUGAAUAUAUCUUUGAAAUGGACUUGGUUAAUCUUUCUUAUAUUUAUAUCGAAUCAAUUAUCAGAUCUCAAAACAUGAAUGCUUUCCUCCUAGUAUAUGAAAAAAAUAAAAAUUGCAUAAUUCCAUGGUGUGCUGCUUUGAAACCGUGUUAUGCUUUUCUUCAAGAAGAAAAUAUAAAUAUUUUAGCGAGAACUUCAGACCAAUGGACACUACUUCAUUAUGCAACUGCAUAUAAUAAUGUAGAAUUAUGCAAACGUUUUUCAGGCUCUCAAGAUUUGAUAAAUGAACGAGAUGACAAAGGUAGGUCAGCUCUUCAUUUUGGAGUUAUCAAUAAUAAUAAAGAAAUUGUAGAAAUUCUAAUUUCCAAUGGUGCUGACAUCAAUGCUAAGGAUAAUGAAGGGGCAACGGCACUUCAUAUAGCAGCACGGAUGAAUAGAAAAGAAAUUGCUGAAAUUCUUAUUGCCCAUGGUUCUGAUGUUAAUAUUCAAGAUAAUGAUUCAGAUGGGAGAACUCCAUUGCACUAUGCUACAGAACAUAAUAGUAUAGAUGUCUUAAAGGUCCUUAUUUCAAAUAAAGUGGAUAUAAAUGCAAAAGAUAAGAAUGGUUAUUCUGCAUUGCACAUUGCUGCUGAUUGCAAUUAUAGAGAUUUUGCAGAUCUAUUAAUUUCGAAUGGUGCAGAAAUAAAUGCAAGUGAUAAAAAUGGAGUAACAGCGUUACACAUUUCCUCGAUAAGGAAUAGUGUCCAAGUAGGAAAGUUAUUAAUAAUGUCAAAUGUCGAUAUUAAUGCAAAAGAUAUCUAUGGUCAGAAUGCCAUUCAUUUGGCAGCCAUACAUAACUGUAAAGAGAUUAUAAAAUUGCUCAUUUCUCAUGGUGCAGAUCUAUCCUCAAAAUCUAAUUCAGGAAAGAUUGCUCUUCAUUUUGCAGCAAGUAAUAACAGUGUGGAUGUAAUAGAUGAUCUUAUUAUGCAUGGUUCAGAUAUUAAUUCUAAAGAUAAUUAUGGGAAAACUGCACUUCAUGAAGCAGCAAUAAAUAGUAGUAAAGAACUAGCAGAAUGCCUUAUAUUACAUGGUAUUAAAAUUAAUACUGCCGAUAAUGAAGGGUAUACAGCCCUUUAUUAUGCUUUAAAAAAUGGGAAAAUGGAAACAGCUGAGCUCCUUAAAUCGCAUGGAGCUAUCGAAUCCGUACAGAAUAGAGCUAUCGGAUCCAUACAGAAUACAUCCUCCAAUAGUGAAGUUACAAAAACAAAAGAAGAACCAGAAAAUGACUUGCUUUAUGGUUGUAUGGGUUUAGGUAUGUUAUCCUUAUGGUCUUAUGGAAUAUAUAAAUCAAUUUCAUUUUUCUUUUAG